CGUAACCAAUUAAAUUCUCAACUGUUUAAAGACUUUCUUCCUUCACCGAUGACUCUCUGAUCCAAAACCAAAAACCACCACCACCACCAACACUCACUUCCAUUUCCCUCCCUUCCCUUCUUCAAAACCAAAAUCCCAACCCGAAUGGAGCCCCAGUACCCGAAAAGCCGGUCCUACGGGCCCCAGAUGAAAAUGACGAUCCCGCCCUCGCACUCCCACACUCACUCACAAUCGCAGUCGCAGUCGCAGCAGCAGCACUCCGACAACGACCGGAGCAGCGUGGAGCUCCGCGCACUGGAUUGCAACCUCACCUCCCUCUGCGACCAUAUUCAGAUGGAGGGCUUCAACUCCGGCUCGUUCUCCGAUAUCGUCGUCAACGCCAUGGGCUCCACCUACCGCCUCCACCGUCUGAUCCUCUCUCGCAGCUCCUACUUCAGGAAUAUGCUUCAUGGUCAUUGGAAAGAAGCCAAUGCUCCAAUUGUGACCUUGCAUGUAGAUGAUAAAAAUGUUAAUGGCGAAGCAAUUGCAACGGCUUUGGCAUAUCUGUAUGGACACCAUCCUAAGCUUACUGAUAAUAAUGCAUUUCGAGUCCUAGCUGCUGCUUCCUUCCUUGACCUUCAGGAUUUGUGUGCAAUAUGCACAGACUUUAUUAUAUCCGAAUUAUGGACUUCCAACUUCUUAGCAUAUCAGGUUUUUGCAGAGAGCCAAGACUAUGGCAUACAUGGAGAGCGGGUGAGAAAUGCUUGCUGGGGCUACCUUUGUCAAAGUGGUGCCAUGGAGUUGAAAGAGGUGCUUCCUAAACUUUCUUCACAAACCUUGCAUGCAUUGUUAACCUCAGAUGAAUUGUGGGUACCUAGUGAAGAGAAACGGUUUGAACUGGCAUUAUGCACAUUCCUUGACAAAGUUGCCCAUUGCAAGGCAGAACAUUCUGAACAAGGGAGUUGUGGUUCUGAGACUGGAACGGAUAGUCACUCUGACUCUCCUCAAGAACAGGGAAAAAUUUUUAUGGAUAGCUGCGCUAAUAAAAUGUUGGAAUCUGAACUAGGACACUUGAGUUUAAAAGAUGACGUUGAAGGCCAUGAUGCUGCUCAUAAUCUUCUGGUAGAGCUUGCAGAUUGUGUGGUUGAUUGUCAAACAGGAGUUUCCAAUUCUAGCCAACAGGUGCAAGAGGCUGCAUACUCUCAUUUGAAUAUGGAGCCAAGUUACCCCUGCAACGUGGAAGGGCCUUCAUCAUUGAGUCCCUCAUUGGCAGAUAUAGAUGGAUAUAGAACUUCAUGCUCCUUUGUUGAAGUGUCAACAGGUGUUAGAGCAGGUGGACUGGGGACCACUGGAAUGGCUAUGGAAGGGCCAUCUGAAGAAGGCUCUUGCUACCAUCUGAAUAACAAUAGCUGGCAUGCCAGGGAUCAAUCAAGGAAUUGCUCUUCAAUGAACUCUUCCAGUAAUGGGCUCAUGAUGAAUGAUUGGGGAAGAUGUGGCAUGCCUUCUCUUUCAUGGGGUGGCAGGGUUGUGGGCAAGAGACAACUAAAGGGUUAUGCUAAAGGAAAUUUUGGGGUCCGUGGGGAGGAAUAUGAUGCAUUCGUUAAUAUAUUUGAAGGGGGUUCUCUUUUAUAUAGCAACAUGUCUUUUGAGGCCCUUUUAAAUGUGAGAAAGCAACUUGAAGAAUUGGGUUUUCCUUGCAAAGCUGUAAAUGACGGUCUUUGGCUACAGAUACUUUUAAGCCAAAGGGUACAAGAAAUUGGUGCUGAUACAUGCAGAAGUUGCUGCCUCACAAGUAUGGCAUGCAAUUGUAGGCAGCCAUAUGGUUUUUCACAUGGAGGCACUAGCACGGCAUAUUACAUGCAAGAGCAUGAUCAAAAUACUUCUCUUGGAAACAUGGGGAAUGUAUAUGUUGCUGAAUCUGCUCAAGGUGAAGCAAAUGGCCUCUUUAGACCAGUACGUGUGCAUGUUAGGGGGCCUAUUGAUGGGCUUGCAGGUAUUGGACGUGGAACUACAUUUGUGCCUGCAACUGCUUGGCCUCCAACACGUUUUGUCUUUUCACGUGUCCCUUUUGGCAUGGGCAACAGAAACUGCCAGCAGUCUCCUGCUAAUGAUGAUUCAGAGGCAAGACCUGACCACAGUGGAGAUCUUUCUGGAGAUGGGUUGACAGCUUUGGUUGGCCUAAGCCAAGGAGGGAGUAACGUAACUAAUGUUCAUGAAGAUCAAACAGAGAGGGGGUACGAAAUCAAUACGCAGAGCAGAAUGUCUGGAACUUCCGUUGCAGGGCCAAGUACAAGCAGUAUCCCAAUGCAGAUGCUUGAGUCACCAGAGAAUGCUGUUGGGGUUGAGUGGGAAAAUGCAGACAGUUCAUCUAUAUCUUUGGAUAUGAAAACACCUUUAAGUCACUUUCCUCCUUUUCGCUUCGGGGUGCAAUUUGAGGAUGUUCACAGGCUCAGUGAUGGCCAAGUCAAGCACUCUCCUGAAGUCUUUUAUGCUGGUUCUUUAUGGAAGGUUAGCGUUCAGGCUUUUAAUGAUGAGGACCCUCAGGGACGGCGAACACUUGGUUUAUUUCUUCACCGUCGAAAAGCAGAGAUAAUGGAUUCCCAUAGAAAGGUUCAUAUGUAUGUGGACUCUCGUGAAAAGGUUACUGCCCGUUAUCAGUUGAUUUGUCCAUCAAAGCGGGAAGUCAUGGUGUUUGGAAGCUUCAAACAAACAGGCACUCUUUUACCAAAAGCUCCAAAGGGAUGGGGUUGGCGAACAGCGCUUUUAUUUGAUGAGCUUGCUGAUCUUCUCCAAAAUGGGACCUUACGUGUGGCUGCUGUUGUGCAGCUUGUCUGAAAUGUAACAAGAUGAAAAUCACAACUAGAUGAGUCUCUUCGUUGUGCAAGGACAAGAAUUGGAAAUGACUUUGCUAAUGUUACUUUAUGCAGGUUUAGUGAUCCUCAAUGUCUAGUUUUGUUCUUUAAAAAAAAAAAAAGUCUAGAUUUGUUUACGUUUACCACUUUUUUGUUAAGCAAAAUGUUGUUCUAGUGGGCAGAAGAUAUCUGUGUAUUACAUUUUGAAGUUUUGGGCAGCACAGGCAUGAUUAACCGCGUUAUAGAAUUAGGCUGCUGGUUGAAAUCAAUAUAUUACUUUGUAUUUUGUAGAUAUAAUACAAAUAAUCAAAUCA